GUCUUUACUCUUGCUUCCGUGACCGGCGCUUCAAACGGUCCUCUCGCCCCUCUCCCUGCUCUUACCCCCUUCCCCUUCCCCUUCCCUCCGCCCGUAGUUCGAAACUGCCCCUCCUCCCCCUCCCCCGCCCGCCCCCCAACACACUCGCUCGACGUCGUCUCCGCCCCCCACCCCCCUCCUUCCCCCUCUCUCCCUCCCGCGCUCGAGCAGCCUCAAACUUUUGGAAAUCUCUCUCUCUCUCUCUCUCUCCCUCUCUCGUCCUGCAGUCGUACCGAAACGUGUGCAGCUCGAGGCUGCGCUGGAUCUCUCUCUCCUCGAGCGUUCUGGUCUGAACAUUCCCCGAAACUCACUUCUCUUCCCUCUGGCCUCGUAGACGCAGAGCAACUCGCCACAGAGACCCAGAGAGAGAGAGAGAGAGAGAGAGAGAGAGAGAGAUAUUAAGAAAUUCGAACGUCAGAGGUUCAGAGCUGAACACAACAUCGGACUCUCGGGUCGGGUCGGAUCGAAGGAAGAGAAUCAUGUCAGCCACCGAGUCGCAGCUUGCGUUGUGCCGCUACCCAUUUCCGCAACGUCGACGUUUCUGACCUCGUUCAUUGAGCUAGUGACCGAGUGAGUGAGAGAGUGAGCUCUGCUUCAGUUUGGUUCACGGGAGUUCGUGAGUGGGAAUUACUUCGGGACGAGUAGAGGGCAGGCACGAUGAAAGGGAGGAAGGAGAUGGUGCCGUUCCUGACGGUGCUCAAGGGAGACGAGGUGCUGGACAGCAUCAACCUGGAGGGCAGGGACACGCUGGUCAUGGGCAGGCAUCACUCGUGCGAUUUGGUGGUCAGCCAUGCGAGCAGCAGCCGGCGGCACCUGGAGAUUCAGAUUAUCAGCUCGACCCGAGACGUCAUCUUGACCGACCUCGGAUCCGUGCACGGAACAUGGGUGCACGGCAAUCGGUUGGGAAUCAUGGCGCCGGUGGUCGUGCAUGGAAGCGCCACGUUCCAGCUCGCUGCAUCGACGCGCGUCUACAGGAUCGACUGGCAGCCCGGUCCGGUCGACUCCGAUGCCGAGGCCGGGCAAUCGACCGAGUCCAUCCACUCUUCCAUCGAAGCCGCGCCGCAGGAGCUUCCUUCCCACGCCCCAGGCAGGCGACAAUCCGGACAUCAGAAGCGCCCGGUGUCUGAAAACCAGCAGGAAUUCAGCAGCAAGUCCAAUUCGGCCGGCGGAGGAGGUGGGCUCCAGUCACGAGGAGGAGGAGGUAAGGCGCCGUUCCCCGCACAGCAAGAUGAGAACUUGUCGCCGUCUGUGCUGAAUUCUCCGUCUGGCAAAUUCGGCAACCAGUUGCAGCGAGCUGCGAGCUCCCCGAAGCUGCCCAUGCGCCGUCUGGCCUUCUCCUCGCUGCAACCCUCCAACAAGCAGCAGCAGCAGCAGCCGCAGCCGCAGCACGUGCAGUCGCCCAGGUCGCCCUCCGUGAAAAAAGCCUUCGGUGCAAGAUCCUCAGCCCAGCCCAACAACAAACCCGCUCCCGUCGACAAGGCUCUUCCAUCCCCGAGCAACAACAAGCAGCAUCAGCAGCAGCAGCAGCGCAGCGGAGCAUCCGAAAUCUUCACUCCUUCCAAGCUGUGGCUCAGGAGAUGCACGUCCGCGCCGCUGCCCGCACUCACCACCGUCCCCGGCUCGGAAAUCAGCACGCAAAUCGUCCCGUCCGCCCCUCCUCUCUCUGCCCUGGUCGAAGAAGAGCUCGAGGUGCACCAUGGCGACGUCAAUUCCGCUGCUGCUGCAGCAGCAGCAGCGACCGAAAAGAAGGCCGAAAAGAAGGCUCCGACAUUCGAGCUGGAGCUCGAGAUCGACGAGGAGUACCCGUCGGACAAGGAGAAUUGGGCUCCCCCCGCGAGGCUGCUGCCAUACAGACCGGCUGCUGCUCUGAAGAGCGACAGCUGGCAGUCCGAGAGCCGCGGCAGAGCAGCAGCGUCCAAGGCGAUGUCGUCGUCGUCGUCGUCGCUGGUCGAGUCCAUCGAGAGGCAGCCGUUCAGGCCGUUGUUCCCGCCGCUGCCGUGCGCCUCGUUGGGCUACAAAGGCGUGUUCCAGAGCAGUGCCGACAGUUAUGUCUCGUCGGACGAAGACCUCAACCAUUGCAGAGCGCUGAUGAGCUUGCCCCGGCCUCAGCACAACAACAAGCUCUGCCCCACUGGCGAGAACUUGGAUCAGCUUCUAAGGAGACUGAAGCUCGCCGACUCCAUCGAGGGCCGCAAGCAGUGGCAUGCGGUGAUCGACACCAACUGCCUGCUCGACUUCGAGUCCUUGAAGGCCCUCAAGCAGCUCGAAGGAAUCAAGGAAGUUUCGGUCAUUAUACCGAAAAUUGUGGUGAGAGAGCUGGAUUUCCUGAAGCACCGAGAGGGACUGCGAUCGCCGGCCAGGGAGGCGCUGAGGUGGAUCGAGUCGUGCAUGGUCCGGUUACCGAACUGGAUUCACGUGCAGAAGUCGUCGGAAACUCUGCCGGCCGGAGCCACUCCGCCGCCUUCGCCUUCCCGGCCGUUCCCGCACCACGCAGGCCCCAUGUCCCCCACGAGCGACGACCACAUCCUGGAAUGCGCAAUGCUCUUCGACAUGACCACGCACUACGGCAAGGUGGCGCUUCUGACCCGAGACACCGCCCUCCGAAUCAAGGCCAUGUCCGAGGGAUUGCUGUCCGAGAGCGCCGUCGAAUUUGUGGAGAGCCUACUGAGCCCGUACUCGAAUCGCUUUCUGUGGGCCGGAAGCACGGCCCAUGGGAAGACGUGGGUCGACUCGCCGCUGCACAGUCCGGUGUCAUAUCCCGGCGAGCCGACGAGGCCGAAGGCGCUCGCGCAGAUCACCCACCCCGUCGACGAGCUGCGCCACCACAUCAGCGCGCAGCCCCGCGGCCUCCAAGUCGUCGUCAGCCAGUGAGUGACGUGGCAGGCAGGCUGGCUGGGCUGGUCGGCGGCGGCGGGGAAUAUUCGCAGCGUCCCCUCCGUGAGGAGGAGAGAAUCAUCCGUUCUCUCCUCUUCCGUUCUGAAGGGUCGCGCCGAAGAGGAGUUCGUCAUUAGACGACCGCCAUCGCCAGCUUUGAUUGUACAUAUGGAGACAGAGUCUUGCGCUCAAGCAUCAUUUUUGCUCUAUCCCCAUCCCACCAAACCGAGUCCCGUUGCCGCUCGGCUUCUUUAUUGAGAACUGAUGAGAACUGAUGAUUACAUUGAUUUCAUAGCCUUUGGUCGGUGCGAGUUUUGAUAUGCUGCCCAUCGUUGCGUGCGCAGCUUCCCACAUCCUAGUCCGCCACAACUUGAAAGAUGCAAAAUCUUUCGGUUUGCCCUGUUAUAUUUAUCAUUCUCGACCUCUCAUCGAGCAUCGGCUUCUGAAGGCAACGACAAUAUUUGUGGAAAAAGUUUCGAAGAGUAUAUGUAGAAAUCGACAUUAUAAAACUAUUGUGCUUUGACA